CAGUACCAUAUCUCCUUACAAACACAGAAGAAUUACUUCUAUGUGGGCAUUGUAUAACAACUAUCAUAAUCGGUACCUUCUUAACCGUCGAGACCAACAGGGACACUACCCUGCGAUGCGUCCUCAUGGCCUAGCGUCCACUUGGCGGUGCUGGACUGUUGGCGAAGGCGCUGAAGUCACCGGUUCGCAUCAUCGUUACAGCGGUCCCGAAUGCACAAGUUUAACCAAUGAGAAGGAGCAAGACCCAUUGCAUUACGCAGAUUUUUCAUCCCGGCAACCUCGAUCAGAUAUAGGCCAUCGUGCGUCGAACAGAAACCAGGAGAAAAUAUCCAUUGAGGGAAUCUCCGUACAGCGUGUCGACCGCCGGAAUUAUUACCCACAUCCAUCUGCCAAAGCCCGCAAAGACUUAGUGGCUUCGAAGGCUGGAUUGCAAGCUAGUUCCCCAUCUUCAUUGCUAUCACAUGUCCGCAUUCCGACACAGACCAAGCCUAAGGUGCGGGAUUCAAAUUCGUCCAGCAGGGGGCCACGGAGUAAGCCACAUAGGCCAUCCGGAGUCCCACCCCCAUCUGGGAAAAGCAAGAAGCUGAGGAAAGUCACCGAAAGCAAAGAAGGGUCACGCCAAUUAGUGUCAACACAAGGCUGGGUAACAGUGGACAACGAAGACAUAAAGGAACGGGCCGUCAUCAGUGGUACCGAACCGACAGUUCCAGAGGUGACCUACGAACCGUCCUUGUCCAGAAUGAAACUUGAUUCUUCACUCGAACAUCACUUCGACGCAGAUAUGGACGACUCUACGUCCUGCCUAUAUCUGAGGAGAUUGGAAGAAUAUGCUUCAAAUGGAGAUACAAGCAACUUCCAUGGUCCCGUAGCUGAUGAUGAGGUUAAGGAUUAUGCACACACAUAUCCUCUUACUAUCGAUGAAUCAAAAACUUCAGCGAAUAAAAGUCACCUCCAUUCAAGAGACCAUGGAGAGGGCAGUCACUCAAGUAUUUUUGCAGCCCGAAGGACUGUGACCUCACCAGCGCCAGACUUACGUGAGUCCACAACGACCUCUUCCACAUCUUCACUUUCAUCAGUCAGCUUUGCUGGCAGCAAGAAUACAAGUGAAGGCACAGAUGUGUAUAACAGCGUCAAGGACUUGUCGUCGUCUCUUUGGCAGAUGGCUAAGACGGAAGCCUUACAAAGAGCCUUGGAAGAAGAACUACAUCCAGACUGUCGUAUACCAAAAGCCAUAUUUGCUCAAUCACUGGACUUGAAAUGCAGAUCACAUCUCUCCCGCCAUCCAGCGCCUGCCCCCAGCAUUAUGGCCCGUAGUGAACGGAUGUUAGGGAGUCAAUGGGUUGCUCGAGAAUCACAUCGAUUAGAUCCACGACUACUUGAUGUGCCUUUGGAUGGUCUCGUUCCAUUCAUGUUUGUCGAAGAUCAACUAAAGCUGUUGAAGAUUCAGGAGAAAACAUUGAUUGUUAAAAGAUGGAAACAACUUUGGGAUGAAGUUCGCCCUCCCCAGCCGUACUGGUAUGAGCUCCGGACACCGCAGUUUCAAAUUGAAGCAAAGAGGUGCCUGGAAAUGCUGUCAAGCCCAGAGCUCCAGCAUCUGGAAGCCAAGGUUAGAGAAUACCUCAUUGAUUUAUAUCGCUCGGAAACCAUGGAUCGAGCGAUCCAAUCUUUCCAUGGCGACUUGAUGCCUGUCUAAGUGAAUAUCAACAGAGCGGGACUGAAUUUGAUUGACAUGUAUAUAUGCAACGUUUUAAAAUUGAGCGCAGCUUUUAAGAUCUUGAAAUUAGGAAGUUGG